UCCCGGCUCCCGCUCCCGCGGCCGCCGCCGCCCCGGGAAGGAGAGACCGGGGUGGGGUUUGGGGGAGCGCGAGGGGAGCGAGACCCUGGCCGGGCAGGAACCCGGAUUCGCGGGGAGGAGGGCUGGGAGGAGGGGAAGCUUGAGGAGAAAGGAGGGGGAGCGGGAGGAGCGGCCGGGCCUGGGGCCUUGAGGCCCGGAAAGCCGGGGAGCUGGGCCGGCGCGCGGAGAUGUUGCUGCCGCUGCUGCUGCCGCUGGCGCCGCUUUUCCUCCGCCCCCCGGGCGCGGGCGGGGCGCAGACCCCCAACGCCACCUCAGAAGGUUGCCAGAUCAUACACCCUCCUUGGGAAGGGGGCAUCAGGUACAGGGGCCUGACUCGGGACCAGGUGAAGGCUAUCAACUUCCUGCCUGUGGACUAUGAGAUUGAGUAUGUGUGCCGGGGAGAGCGCGAGGUGGUGGGGCCCAAGGUCCGAAAGUGCCUGGCCAACGGCUCCUGGACAGAUAUGGACACACCCAGCCGAUGCGUCCGCAUCUGCUCCAAGUCGUAUUUGGCCCUGGAAAAUGGGAAGGUUUUCCUGACGGGUGGGGACCUCCCCGCUCUGGACGGAGCCCGGGUGGAUUUCCGAUGUGACCCUGACUUCCAUCUUGUGGGCAGCUCCCGGAGCAUCUGUAGUCAGGGCCAGUGGAGCACCCCCAAGCCCCACUGCCAGGUGAAUCGAACGCCGCACUCAGAACGGCGCGCAGUGUACAUCGGGGCGCUGUUUCCCAUGAGCGGGGGCUGGCCCGGGGGCCAGGCCUGCCAGCCCGCGGUGGAGAUGGCGCUGGAGGACGUGAAUAGCCGCAGGGACAUCCUGCCGGACUAUGAGCUCAAGCUCAUCCACCACGACAGCAAGUGUGACCCAGGCCAAGCCACCAAGUACCUGUAUGAGCUGCUCUACAACGACCCCAUCAAGAUCAUCCUCAUGCCUGGGUGUAGUUCCGUCUCCACGCUUGUGGCUGAGGCCGCCAGGAUGUGGAACCUCAUCGUGCUCUCCUACGGCUCCAGCUCACCGGCCCUGUCCAACAGGCAGCGCUUUCCCACAUUCUUUCGAACUCAUCCGUCGGCCACACUCCACAAUCCUACCCGCGUGAAGCUCUUUGAAAAGUGGGGCUGGAGGAAGAUCGCCACCAUCCAGCAGACCACUGAGGUCUUCACCUCGACUCUGGACGACCUAGAGGAGCGAGUGAAGGAGGCUGGAAUUGAGAUUACUUUCCGCCAGAGUUUCUUCUCAGAUCCAGCCGUGCCAGUCAAAAACCUUAAGCGCCAGGAUGCCCGAAUCAUCGUGGGACUUUUCUAUGAGACUGAAGCCCGGAAAGUGUUUUGUGAGGUGUAUAAGGAGCGGCUCUUCGGGAAGAAGUAUGUCUGGUUCCUCAUCGGGUGGUAUGCGGACAACUGGUUCAAGACCUAUGACCCCUCCAUCAACUGCACAGUGGAUGAGAUGACCGAGGCCGUGGAAGGCCACAUCACCACCGAGAUUGUCAUGCUGAACCCUGCCAACACCCGCAGCAUCUCCAACAUGACAUCCCAGGAGUUUGUGGAGAAACUGACCAAGAGACUCAAGAGACACCCCGAGGAGACAGGUGGUUUCCAGGAGGCACCGCUGGCCUACGAUGCCAUCUGGGCCUUGGCGCUGGCCCUGAACAAGACGUCCGGAGGGGGUGGCCGUUCGGGGGUGCGCCUGGAAGACUUCAACUAUAACAACCAGACCAUCACGGACCAAAUCUACCGGGCAAUGAACUCCUCGUCCUUCGAGGGUGUCUCUGGUCACGUGGUGUUUGAUGCCAGUGGCGCCCGGAUGGCCUGGACGCUCAUCGAGCAGCUGCAGGGGGGCAGCUACAAGAAGAUCGGCUACUAUGACAGCACCAAGGAUGAUCUCUCCUGGUCCAAGACGGACAAGUGGAUUGGAGGGGCCCCCCCGGCUGACCAGACCCUGGUCAUCAAGACAUUUCGCUUCAUGUCCCAGAAACUCUUCAUCUCGGUCUCUGUGCUCUCCAGCCUGGGCAUUGUCCUGGCUGUGGUCUGUCUGUCGUUUAAUAUCUACAACUCUCAUGUCCGUUAUAUCCAGAACUCCCAGCCCAACUUGAACAAUCUGACGGCUGUGGGCUGCUCCCUGGCGCUGGCUGCCGUCUUCCCCCUCGGGCUGGAUGGUUACCACAUCGGGAGAAGCCAGUUCCCCUUCGUCUGCCAGGCGCGUCUCUGGCUCCUGGGUCUGGGCUUUAGCCUGGGCUACGGCUCCAUGUUCACUAAGAUCUGGUGGGUCCACACGGUCUUCACAAAGAAGGAGGAGAAGAAGGAGUGGAGGAAGACCCUGGAGCCCUGGAAGCUGUACGCCACGGUGGGCUUGUUGGUGGGCAUGGAUGUCGUCACUCUUGCCAUCUGGCAGAUCGUGGACCCUUUGCACCGGACCAUUGAGACUUUUGCCAAGGAGGAGCCGAAGGAAGAUAUUGAUGUGUCCAUCCUGCCCCAGCUGGAGCACUGCAGCUCCAAGAAGAUGAAUACGUGGCUUGGCAUUUUCUAUGGUUACAAGGGGUUGUUGCUGCUGCUGGGCAUCUUUCUUGCUUACGAGACCAAGAGCGUGUCUACGGAGAAGAUCAACGACCACCGGGCUGUGGGCAUGGCCAUCUACAAUGUGGCGGUCCUGUGCCUCAUCACUGCCCCGGUCACCAUGAUCCUGUCCAGCCAGCAGGACGCAGCCUUCGCCUUCGCAUCUCUUGCCAUAGUGUUCUCCUCCUAUAUCACUCUGGUCGUGCUCUUCGUGCCGAAGAUGCGCAGGCUGAUCACCCGGGGAGAGUGGCAGUCGGAGGCGCAGGACACCAUGAAGACGGGCUCGUCCACCAACAACAACGAGGAAGAGAAGUCCCGGCUGUUGGAGAAGGAGAACCGGGAGCUGGAGAAGAUCAUUGCUGAGAAAGAGGAGCGCGUCUCUGAGCUGCGCCAUCAGCUUCGGUCUCGGCAGCAGCUCCGCCCCCGGCGCCACCCCCCUACGCCCCCAGACCCCUCGGGGGGCCUGCCCAGGGGCCCCCACGAGCCCCCUGACCGGCUCAGCUGUGACGGGAGCCGGGUUCAUUUGCUGUACAAGUGAGGGCCCGAGGGGAGGAGGAGGGGCUGGGGGAAGGCCUCCUCUGUGACUCUGGGGUCGUCUGGGUCCCCAGGACUGUGGAACCGGCGUGUUUUCUCUCGUGUGCUCGCUGUUUUACAGCCAUUGUGCCGUCUAGUGGGUGCCUGGCUGCAGCUUCCCCGGCCCCUCGCAGUGCGCUGCGCCCCUUCCCCUCCCGCUAGCGCCCUCUCUCCCUACCUGGUCUCCUUCCACUGGCCCACGCCUCACCCCUCCACCAGCUCCGUCCUUCUGGAGUUUCCGGCCUCCGCCCUGUGUGUGCUCAUGCUUCCCAACACACGUGCUCGUGUGCAUGCGUGCUCACAUGUGCUUUCUUCUCCCUCCUGUGCUCCUGUGUGCGCCUUGUCCUCGCCUCCCUCCGGCGCUCUCGUGGCCACUGCGCCCUUUGUCUGCCGAGCGGAGGCCUUCCCCACCGGCGCACGUCCGUGUUUACCCGUGCGUUCUCCCUGUGUGUGCUCAUGGCACCUGGGUACUCUCAGCUUUGCACCGUAAAAUCAUUGUAUUCUCCCAACAGAGCCGGAGGCACCCACCCUACACGUCAUCGUGCACCUUCCCAAUUCCCACCCUCACAUGCUUUCUGCUUGAACCCCCCUUAGUGCUCAUGUACUGCACUAGGUCCACACUCCCAGUCCUCCUUCCCAGGACUGCUGCCUUUGGUUUUGUGUUUUUCUGGGGGGAGUUAAGGGAGAAGAAAUGGGGGCAGGCUUGGGGAGCUGCUUCCAGUAGACAGUUGGUGAGAAUCCCAACCACAAGAAGGCCCCGUGACAACUGGCACAGACAGACGGAGGCAUCCCCUUCACGCCGUGGUGUCUCUUGGGGAGGGAUCUCCCCCAGUCUCAAUAAACCAGUGAACAGUGUGACU